AUGACGUCUAGUGUGCUUGCUCCUCCCCGACGCAGGGAGGUGACCUGGGCCGAUCCGCUUGAGCAGGUCAUCGAGAUUCCGGCUCGUCUGCCCAUCGUGACCUGGGCCGAUCCGCUUGAGCAGGAAAUUCCGGCUCGUCGACCCAUCGUGACCUGGGCCGAUCCGCUUGAGCAGGAGAUUCCGGCUCGUCCACCCAUUGUGACCUGGGCCGAUCCGCUUGAGCAGAUCCGCGAGAUUCCGGCUCGUCCACCCAUCGUGACCUGGGCCGAUCCGCUUGAGCAGAUCCGCGAGAUUCCGGCUCGUCCACCCAUCGUGACCUGGGCCGAUCCGCUUGAGCAGAUCCGCGAGAUUCCGGCUCGUCCACCCAUCGUGACCUGGGCCGAUCCGCUUGAGCAGAUCCGCGAGAUUCCGGCUCGUCGACCCAUCGUGACCUGGGCCGAUCCGCUUGAGCAGAUCCGCGAGAUUCCGGCUCGUGAGUCCAUGAUGUCGAUCAUUCCGGCUCACCAGCCUGUCCAGACACCGCCUUCCCCGCCUAUCAUCCAGCCGCCGCCGACUCGGUCGAUGCGCCUUCGUUCUUCAUCUUGCUUGGUAGAAGGCCGCGGCAGUGACGCUCUGUCCAGCACCACCACCAACACCAACACCAACAGCAGGAACGAUCACCUUGCAUCGCGGCGGCAGGAUCGCACCCCGAAGGGUAGCUGUAGCAGUAGCCGUAGCGCAGGUAGUGUAUCAUCUCGCACGCGAAGUAAGGCACGAACUGCGGCGACGAGUAGGGUGAUGUGUUCUGCUAGAGCCACCGUACAAUCAGGUAGGACGGUACUUGGCGGUAGCACGGCAAGAAGAGUGACUAGGUCCAAUGUGCGAGCCGGCAAGGUGCUGUGGACUGUGGACUAG